GACGAACAGAAACUGAGGCCACUGGGUCUCAGCGAGUAAUUUGAAUUCGGUAGCAGUUUAUAAUCGCAUCAAGUCAAUAAAGGAUCAGAAUGCAGCCACGGAUGCAGUUGCUUUUGUUGGCGGUUAUCGCUGUAAUCACCAGGCAAUCAAAGCACGCGAACGCCAACGUGCUCUUUCGUUUCGCGCUGGAUUUUCAUGUGAAAUCGGACGAAUCCAACGAAACCGAUGGUGCCAUCAACAAAACUUUGAUUUUUGAAAACAAUCACAUCACCAUUAAAAAUAAUCUCCAACCAGAAGAGUCGAUCGAAGAGGAAUUAACUGCAGGACCCGAUAAAACGGAAACACCCAGCACCACCGCUGGACCACUGCGAUCUAUGUCAGACUUCUGGUUGCAAGAACAAAAUGUCACCGAUGUAGCCGAAACCGUAGAUGCCUUAACUCAACUAAAUCGGGAGAUUUCACCACUUGUUGGACGAAGCGACUACAUAUCUUCGAAGGUGAAGCUAGUAACACGUUACCUUAAUAUUUUGGAUGCACGAGCAGCUGCGGCAAACGAUGAGAACCUAACCAACUCGCAAUACAAGUAUGACCAAUUGCGAAAGUUCAUCAAAUUGGCGGAAAAAUUAAAGGAGCCGCCCAUCGCUGCCUCUGAACGCACCCUCGAUUAUACGGUGAUGAAGCUGGCUUUGGAGAAGUAUCACAUUGCAGACUUGCAGGAGAAGGUAGCGAAACAGGUGACUGACGCUGAAAAAGCAUGGCAACUGUAUGUCAAAACGAGACUGGUCGAAGUGGACGCUUAAGAGGGCCGGCCUGAAUGCGAUUACAUGUGACGGAUGCAAAACGAACUGCUGCUCUUAAAUGAAAUAAAGUUAAUUGCGUUUGGUGCAACAAAUCUGCCUCCAGAUAAUAAUACUUACUUAUAUAGUAUGUACUUAUGUCUAUAGGUAUAUAGUAUAUGCGAUAUAACUGCGUAAAUAAAAUUACGUCAAAAUUGGCAAAAA